AUGUUCAAGAAACUCGCCGUCCUCUUCGCAUCUGCCUUGCUCGCUGGUAACGUUGCUUUUGCAACGCCCGUCCCUCAAGCGGACCCCGUCCAGAUGUGCGGCGGUAUUGGCUGGGAGGGCCCAACUGACUGCCCCGCUGGCUUCUAUUGCCGAGAGCUCAAUGAAUACGUCAGCCUCUGCGUUCGUGAAUCGACCAACACCGAAGGAACCACCCGACCUGGUGCAACUGGAUUCCCCACCAUCCCCGUUCCUGGACCCACUGGAGUCCCCCCAAUCCCUGGAAUUCCCGGAAUUCCUGGAGUCCCUGGCAUCCCCGGAUUCCCUUGA